GUCAAGUGAAUUCGAAAGACCACUAACUAAAGAAGAAAUAGUUCAAUUACUUAUUGAAGUGUUUGCGGGUGGGAUUGAUACAAUAACAAGCGCCCUUUGUUUUACGAUUUAUUACGUCUGUAAAUAUCCAGCCGUCAAAGCUCGCCUGCUUUCCGAAAUCGAUGCUACGCUUUCCUCCAAAGGCCAAAGCCUUUCUUAUGACUCUAUUGUCACGCUCUUCCCAUACACUAGUGCGGUCAUGAAAGAGGCCGCUCGUGUGCUUACCGUAGCUCCAUUGGUGAUUCAACAAGCUUCUGAAGAUGAUGAAGUUGCCGGGUACAAGUGGCGGGCCGGUACGCUGAUUGGAGUAAACUAUGGAGUCAUCCACAAGCGCACGGCGUAUUGGAAAGAUCCUGAAGCGUUCAGACCUGAGCGGUUUUUAGACGAAUGUGCGGAUGAAAUAAAGUUAAAAACCUUCCUACCUUUUGGUGGAACGGUGAGGGCGUGUCCGGGUAGAAUUGUGGCCGAAAAAGUCAUCAAGACUUUUCUGAUCUUGUUGUUUUGGAAGUUUGAGGUUGAGUUGUGUGAACCAGAGAAAGAGAUUAAGUAUACCUAUUCAAUGACUAACCAAUGUACUGAAUUAAAG